AGUACUCCACAGACCCCCAUAGAAGAUGAAUCCUAAGGGUAUCUUAGGCUUGAUAUUAAGUAUCUGGUUACAUGGUGGGACUGGAGCUUCGUUUUCCCAAGUUUACGUUCAAAAUGCAGGAAGUGAUCCCUCAGGCUUCAUCACAUAUGGCACUCCAUCGAUAUACUCAGAUUCGCAAUAUGCAAAAUUAACAGAACCACAAAUAGGUUCUAUUGUCCCAGUUCCAUCGAUGGCUGAUGUUCUACCUCCGUGUGUUUCACCAUGUGUUAUUUCUAAUCAAAACAUUGCACCCCUUGCUCCACUGCCUGUUGCUACUAAUGCAAGACUCGUUACGUAUAGAGCACCAAAUGUUCCGGUGGCAGUAGCACCUAGCAAGGAUAACGGUUAUGAAUAUUCUUAUGUGGUUUAUGACGAAAAGACAGGUGAUCAAAAAGCACAACGUGAAACUAGCGACGGAUCAACUGUUCACGGAGAAUACUCAUUUAUACAACCUGAUGGAUAUAUUCGAGAAGUUAAAUACACGGCAGAUGAUCUAACAGGAUUCAACGUAAUCGUCAAAAGAAUCCCGCCUAGUACUACUAAUGAGGGAGAUAAAAAAAUACGAACAAAAACGAAGAGUGACACUGAUCCAUGUGCGGAUACCAAAAAGGAAGCAUUAAAAAUAGUACCGGAACAAAAGAAAAAUAACCUCGAACUGAACGAAGUGAAUGCUGAACCAACAACAGCAGUGACAUCUCCAUUAGAUGAAAUAACAGAGUCAGUUACAGUACCCGUUACAACUUUGAAAGUAACUCAAGCCUCUUCAGAAACGCCACAACCUCACCAGUCUGACAAUGUCACUAUAGUUACACCUGAAGAAACUCAAGCUUCGGUACGGGAAAUCACAGAUGCACCGGCACCAUCACAAAUAAAUUCAAACUUAUUGGUGUCAUAUGACGAUAUUAUUCGAUGCAUUCAAUCUAAAAUUCAACAACAAGCAUCUCUGAAACCCGGAGUAUCUCCGUUGACCUAUGUUAUUUUGCCUGGCAAACCUUGUUAAUAUUACAACUUUGCUUAUAUCAACUCUCUAGUCUUUUGUUUUGAAUUUUUUAAUUAACACCUUUUCAUACACGUAUUGUGUGCAACACAUUGUUGAAACUUACAUUUAAUUGAUUUUAAAUAAAUAAUGAACUAC